UGGAAGGGGGCUGCUUGGAGGAAGCUCCAAGGUCAAAGUGCACAAUUUGGGGCGGUGGGUAGGAAGGAGGGGGAUGAUGGGAGAAAGCGGCAACCGCCUUUUAAACACCCCCUCCGCCUAUUCCCAGAGUUUGGGGAUGCAAUCUUGCCCUGGAGAUCCCAGCUCUGCCCUACUGCUGUCUCCUUCCCCCUCCCCAGGUUGCUGUGUUUGGGGGAGGCAGAUCUGAGCAUUCUUCAGGAACUUCUCCAUUUUCGGCUGUGAAAUGGCAUCUGAGCAACAUUCUGCAUUCUCCCCCUUUUACCCUGGAGAGGAAACAUCCACCAUGCGGCCAGCUCAGUGGCCUGUGAUGUUUGAGGAGGUGGCCGUGCAUUUCACGGAGGAGGAAUGGGUCCUGCUGGAUCCUAGUCAGAGAGCUCUUUGUGAGGAGGUCCUGCUGGAGAUUCAGAAGAUGAUAACCUCUCUGGGAGAUGUAUGGGGGAUCAUGGCUGAGGGGGAACCAUCAGAAGCGUCACUGGAAAGAGCUGAGGAGCAGAAGGCGGAAUGGAAAUUGGGGAGUCAAAAUAGAGCAAAGAGAGAAGAGGGGACACAAAUGCAGAAACUGGAGGUUAAAUCCUGUGGCUCUGAGGAUGGUAAAAAUAAAAUACGAGGAAGUACUCAUCACCUAAAGGAAAUGAAAAUGUCUCCUGAAUGCAGUAAACUCUUCAAUUGCCAAAAAUCCCCAAGUACACAUCAGAGAUGGCAUACAAGAGAGAAACGGUAUAAAUGCCUACAGUGUGGAAAGAGUUUCAGUUACCCUUACUUCCUUACUAGACAUCAAAGAACUCAUACAGGGGAGAAACCUUUUAAAUGCUUGGUGUGUGGAAAGAGCUUCAGUCAGCAUCACCACCUUACUUCACAUCAAAAAACUCAUAUUGUGGCUAAACCUUAUAAGUGCCUAGAGUGUGGAAAGGACUUCAGUUGGAGUAGCAGUCUUACUAAACAUCAAAGAACUCAUACAGGGGUCAAACCUUAUAAAUGUCUGGAGUGUGGAAAGAGCUUCAGUCAGAGUAGCUCCCUUACUGCGCAUCAAAGAACCCAUACAGGGGAAAAACCUUAUAAAUGCUUGGAGUGUGGAAAGCGUUUCAAUCGGAGCAGCUCUGUUACUUCACAUCAAAGAACUCAUACACGGGACAAACCUUAUAAAUGCUUGGAGUGUGGAAAAAGUUUUAAGUAUGGUUCCAGUCUUAAUUUCCAUCAAAGGAUCCAUACAGGGGAGAAGAAGUAUAAAUGUCUGGAAUGUUGAAAGAGCUUCAGUCAGGGUUGCACCCUUGCUACACAUACAAAAAAAAUCACACUAGGAGAAAACCAUCUAACUGUCCAGAGUGUGGAAAGGUUUUCAUUCAGCUUACCUCUUGUAUCUCUCAUCAAAUAAUUCACAUGAAACAGCUUUAAUCAAAUUGCCGUUCUUUGUUCACAUCACAGGUUCUUUAAAACGAAGAAACCAUAAAAUGCUGAGUGAGUGAAACAACUUCAGUUAUAGACACUACCUUAGAUACUCAUCAAAACCUUUGUAUGAGAGAGAGACAUAUGUUUCUUGUUUUCACAUAUUUGCUUAUUCCCUGGUGAGGUUUAUAUUUCACCAUUUGAUUUUUCCAACCUUUUCCCUUCAUCUCUGUUCUUCUGAAUCCUAUCCGUAGGACCCUACAUUCAGCUGUUUCCUAUGAAUCCUUGCUUGGAUAGGGAGCCAUCAUAUUCUUUCUUUUCUUUCAGUUUGUAGGGUAACUGACUGUAUAGCUGCAACAUAGCAAUACUUUUAACUAGUUUGGACUGGUGGAAGGGGGUAAAUGAAAAUCGAAUAGCAUUAUUACUAGGUUUUCAAUUCAUAAUUAUUAUUUGCAAUAGCUGUGAUCCUCGUUUCUCCUUUACCCAAAAUUCAAUAAUGUGCUGUGAAUUUCUCUUUGAUACUAUCUUUCAUAGACUAAAAUGCAUUCACUAGCAUUCUGCUGAUGUAUUUAAAGUACAUCUUUCCAAAUGGACUAUAGCCUUUCAGAUAGCCCCUUUUCCGUGAUGACAGGACUCCUGGAGGACAGGAGCUGAACUGUAUCACUAUUCCAGGCAAGGGAAUCUUCAGGUGGAAGUCCUUCCUGUUGGGAUAGAGUGUCUCCUGACAAAAAUGAGAAAUGUGGUUCCACUACCAUCAGAGCCAGGAUGUGAGGAGCAGGGUCUAGUCAGUGUCAGUGUCAGAGCUUGAUGACUUUCUUCCCCACCUAAUUCUGGAACCUGCAGCCCUACAGAUGUUGUUGCUCAGCUAUCAAAAUGUUUAAAAGAGAUCAACAGAGCUAUCAUAUAGCGAACACUUUACCCCCCCCAAGUUGGAAACCAAAAACAUUUUUAACGGGUCAAUUAAUUAUGUACAUAUCCAUCAAUUCUAUGAGGGAUGGAGACUGUGGCCCUUCAGAUGUUGCUGGAAUAUCCCUCCCAACAGCCCCUGUCAGCAUGGCCAGUGUUCAGAGAUGAUGGGAGGGAUAUUCCAGCAACAUCUGAUGGGCCACAGAGUCUCUGUCCCUCAUAGAAUUGAUGGAUAUGUACACAAUAAAUUGACCCGUUAAAAUAUUUUUGGUUUCCAACUCGGGGGGAAAAUGUGUUCGCUAUUGGAUAGCUCUGUUGAUCUCUUUUAAUAGUUUUAGGGGGGGGGUUUUGCAACAUUUUGAUCUUUAUUUGAAUGUUUGUCAGAGUCUGGGGUGAAUAUGUUUUAGCUGCUUAUGCCUGAAUGCUAUUUAAAAAUAUGCAUCAGAAACCUCACGGCCUAGUCAAGGAAGAGUUUAGAAGGUGUAUUAAUUUUCCAGGCUUUGUGCAUACGAGGGUAUUAAUAUGCAUGUGGGUCCCUGUUUCUGUAUGUGUGUUUGUGUGCCUUCAUCCACAUAUGAAUGCCUUCAAUUUCAUUCCGCCAAAGUCUGUCCCACUGUUGCCUUUCCAUGUAAGUGGGCAGUGCUUGAUGGGAUGUAUUUGUGCUGUGUGUUGUUGCCCCUCCCCUCAAUUAGUAUUUGUAGGUCCCUUCCACUCUACUAUUCUAUGCUUUAGUUGGAUUCCUGCCUUGAGCGGGGGUUAGACUUGAUGGUCUUAUACGCCCCUUCCAACUCUACUAUUCUGUGAUUCUAAGUUCUUGAAAUAUGAAGUCCAUUGUGUACAUGCAUGCAGUUACUUGUUUACCUGUAGGCAUGCAAGAUUUUAGAUAUACUGGAUUCACAUAAAAGAAGAGUCACAUUUUAAAAAAAAAAUACGUCCUACAGUUCUGUGCUAAGAAACCUGAAGUCUCUUGCAGGAAUGCACACAGGUAUUUUUUUUACCUUUACACAUACACCUUAAAAAUUUUCUUUUUUAAAAAAAUACAUUUUGAUGUGCCAGAUUUGCACAAAAGCGCAUUUAAAAUUUUUAAAUUAUGUAUGUCAUUCCAAGCCAUGCAACGAUUUGGAGUCACUUCGGUGAAGGCUGCUGCCUUCUUUCCUCCCCUUUUCCUUCUGCAGCAUCCAGUGAAGAAAGGCAGGCUGCCUCCUUUCCUUUGCUUGAUUCAAACAAAAUGGGAGUAGGGGGUGUGAUGAUAGGCAGCACCCAGCGAAACACCAUCACACAAGUAAAACAACAGUCACAUGAUGCGCUUCAAUCUCUCCACAGUAAGGUAACAUGCCCUUUUUGGUGGGAUUUUCUUCCCUUACUGGAUUAUCUACUGAUUGGCAAAAUCUUAAUUUAGCAGGGAGGGUGCCACUUAGAAGAGGAGGAUGUGUAGAUUUUACACAUGCAAAAAUACACAAAUGGCUUCAUAUCAUUAAAAUCUGGUGUGGAAAAGUCCCAGUUCAAGAGUAAAUCUUCUGACAUCUCAAAAAUUCUCCAUAGGGAAGCAACCUAUAUAUGACUCCGAAGAACUUUCCAGGGUAAGUCUAGAUCUCAGUCUCCAUGAGGUAGUAAAGCUGUGUCUGGGCACUGACCUAGGGGCCCAUAAGAUUGAAUACCCCUCUCUGCUAAGAUAAAUAAAUGCAUCCCUACA